UCCGACAACCGCCCCUCCCCACCGGUUCUUUUGAAAUCGAGGUUGGGAGGGAGAGAGAAAGAGAAGCGAAAGCGUCCAUGGCGGAAACCCUAAUAUCGUCGGAGGAGUCUCGGAUGGAACCGGUCGACCUGGAGGACAUUCGAAGUCGCUUAAAGGUGGUCUCCGAGAUGCAAAUGAGGCUCUUCAGCUCGUCCGAUGCCUCGUCGGUUGAUACGAACAAGUUAGACGAUUGCUCCUCUGAUCUCCAGGAAAUGUUUAAGCGGUCGGAGGCGGAGGAACAAAAUAUUGCGUCUCUAGGGAUUGAUGAUUUAGAGUCAUACAUGGAACAACUGAAGAAGGAGAUAUGCUCAGCAGAGGAGGAGAACACCAAUAUUUCCAGUGAAGUUGAGACGCUCACGAGAAUGGUUACUGGAGAUUUGGUCCAACUGGAUGGUGAUCUUGAAGCAUUGACUUGUUCGUUGAAAUUUUUCGAUUCGCAGGGUCUACACCAUUUGAGUUCCAGUUGUCCUGAUAACAUAUUACUUCACAGAGAGUCACAUGAAUGCCCAUUGCAUAUGCUUAAUGAGAACAAAUUUGAGAUUUUGGAUCUUAAUCAGAGGAUUGAAAGGAGUAAAGAAAAUAUAAAUAUUUUACAGGAUCUUGAUCAUGCCUUGAAAAGGUUAGAAGCAGUUGGACAACUUGAACAUAUGUUUUCUGAUGUAAGAGUCAUUGAUUUUCAAGGAAGUUGUAUUAGGCUGUCCUUAAAGACACCUAUUCCGAACAUAGAUGGGUUUAUUAUCCAGCAUAACUUGGAUUUUGUGGAGCCAUUUGUAUCAGAACAUGAGAUGUUGAUAGAAGUGACUGAUAAGACGAUGGAAUUAAAAAGUGUAGAGAUUUUCCCAGAUGAUGUUUUUAUAGAUGGAGUAGUUGAUACCAUCAAGUCAUCCAGAGAUUUCAUUUCAUCAACUACAUCAUCUUUGGGAUGGUUUAUAAGGCAAGUCCAGCAUCGUAUUGUUCUAUGCAUGUUACGACGAUUACUGGUAAAAGAUGCUAACAAAUCGAGACACUCUUUAGAGUACUCGGACAGGGAUGACACAGUUACAGCACAUUUGGUGGGAGGAAUUGAUACCUUCAUUAAGUUAGCUCACGGCUGGCCAAUAUCAUCUUAUCCUUUAAAGUUGCUGUCAAUUAAAAAUCGUGACCACCAGUCCAAAAGCAUUUCUCUGAGUUUUCUUUGCAAGGUCAAGGAAAUGGCAAACUCUUUGGACAUGCAAUCACGUCUCCAUCUGGCACGAUUUGUAGAUGCAAUUGAAGAGAUCCUCCUUCAGGAGAUGCAAUCUGAACUCCAUUCGAACAGCAUGACCGCCUAAACCUCUACAUUUUUCACCUUAUUCCUCCAGCAACAGAAAGUUCAGGUCAUCAGAAACGAGUGAAUCAUAUUUUAUUUCUCUGAUGUUUAAGCGUCUAUUUGAAUAAUGUGAUGAUCUUACGACUCCCCAGGUGUUUAGGAGAUUGUUCACAUCUCAGCAUCAAAUCACCUGACGAAUGGAUUGUUGGUUUCAUUGCAUCAAUCGUCUGUGGAUGUUGAAGUAAAUUGGAUAUACUUUUGUCACAUGACUUUUGUCAGAUUCUAUGGAAAAUCUGAACUCAUUAAGACAAUCACUACGGCUGCUGCAUCUUCCUCUUA